GCAAAGGCAAAGGCAAAGGCAAAGGUGAAGGUGAAGGUGAAGGCGAAGCCAAAGGCAAUCGCAAAGCCGAAGGAGGCGGGCAGGAGAAAGCGUAAGCCGGCGGACGAGGACGAGGAUGAGGAUGAGGAUGAGGAUGCGGACGCCGACGCCGACGAGGAUGACGUCAAGCCAGCGGUGAUCGCCGCGACCGCCACGGCGAAAAAACGAAAAACUACGUCUGCCGCCGCGACCACCACCACGAAGACCGCGACCAAGCCCACGACCAAGCCGACUCCCACGACUACGGCCUCGGCCACGAAGACGAAGACACGCGCACCCCCAUCGAAAGCCAAAGUCAACGCCAACGAGAUGCUCGCGACCCGCCUGCUCAACCCGCGACUGCUGAUCGGCGCGCACGUCAGCGCCGCCAAGGGCGUCCAAAACGCGAUCACGAACUCCCUCUCUAUCGGCGGCAACUCACUGGCGCUGUUCCUGAAGUCGCAGCGCAAGUGGGCGUCGCCCGCGCUGUCGGCGACCAACGCCAGCCUCUUCCGCGCCGCCUGCAUAGAACACAACUACAACCCCGCCACGCAGAUCUUGCCGCACGGCAGCUACCUGAUCAACCUUGCGCAGCACGACGCCGUCAAGGCCGAGCAGGCGUACGUGUGCUUCCUGGACGACCUGCAGCGCUGCGAGACCCUCGGCAUCGGCUUGUACAACUUCCAUCCUGGCAGCACGCUCGGCGAGCCAAGGGAUGAGGCGCUGGGCAGGAUCGCCGCCGCCCUCAAUAGGGCGCACAAGGGCACGACGAUGGUCAAGACGGUGGUGGAGAACAUGGUUGGGGCCGGUAACGUCGUCGGCAGCAGCUUUGAGGAUCUCCGCGACAUCAUCGCGGGGGUCACGGACAAGAGCCGCGUCGGCGUGUGCCUCGACACGUGCCACCUGUUCGCCGCCGGGCACGAUAUCAGCACGCCCGCGGGCUACGACCAGGUCAUGAAGAACUUCGACGACAUCGUCGGCCGCCAGUACCUGUGCGCGCUGCACCUGAACGACUCCAAGGGCCCGCUGGGCAGCAAGAAGGAUCUGCACUGCAACAUUGGCCACGGAUUCCUGGGGCUCGAGGCGUUCCGGCUCAUCGUUAACGAUGCGAGGCUGCACGGACUGCCCAUGGUGCUCGAGACGCCGAACGGCGAGGAUCCGGGGGUCUGGGCCAAGGAGAUUAAGCUGCUCGAGAGCCUGGUGGGCAUGACGGGCGAGGAGGCCGAGUUCAAGGCGUUGGUCGAGGAGCUGCAGGAGCUGGGACGCAGCGAGAGGGAGCGCGUGGCGAAGGUGGUCGAGAUGAAGGCUGGCAAGAAGGAGAGGAAGCCGGCGCAGUGGAGGGGGAGGAGGAAGAAGGUCGAGACCGAGGAGGAGGGCAGUGAGAGCGAGGGCUCGGGAUGUACCCAUUGAGCGGUUUUACGCUGUAUCGUACCUUCCAUUUUUUUUUCAUCUUGUACCAUAGUUAGGAGCAUUAUGGGGAGUCUACUGUCUUUCCAACCUGUUGGUGCAAUUCACUGCACACUGCACAC